AUGUCUGACUUAAAUAAUCAAUUAUUGGAGCAAAACGGUGAAAAAAACGAUAUUCAUUUAAGUAUUGAAAAAGAAAAUAAAUCUCGACAAUUUUGUUGUCUUACCAUUGAAGAAUUAAUAACAUUAUUUGAAUAUUGUCCUGUAAUACAUCGAACUUUAUAUGAAUCUAUUUCUCCAAAUAAGACGGUCAAAGCAUAUGUUGAUUUCGAAUACUUGGUCGAUAAAAAUCUUGAUAUACAAAAUCAUUACAUUGCUCCUAUAUCUUGUCUUAAAAUUCUCUAUUACUUUUUAAAUGGUCCAGAUGAUACUAUUACUUCAGUUGAAACUUAUACUGAAAACAUUUUAAAGCAAUUUCUUGUUUUAGAAGCUUCAACAGAUGAAAAAAUAUCAUAUCAUUUUAUACAUGCAAAGCCAUCAGUUUUAUUUGAAAAUACAUCAAUUCUCGGGAUUUUUAUCAAGGCUAUUGUUCAUUUUUUACUAUUAUCAAUUACUCAACAUAAAUGUUCAAUGUUUAAUAUCAAUUUAUCAAAAGAGGAAUGCAGUAGUACGUCAAACUUGAUGCAUCAUUUAGCACCAUCUCUAAAUACAUUACGAAAAAAUUGUACUAGAUAUCCUUCGUCUUUUUGUAAUCCAUCCACAAUCAUUAAUACAGAUCGAAAUUCGGCAAAUUCAAUGGAUGUUAAUGCAAUUAAUAAGCUAAAUUUAUCUGCCACAGAUAUAGAAAUAUUUCUUAAUUUUGUAGAAAACAUAAUUACAUCUGAACCAUCUCAUCGAGGUUAUGUAAAUUCAUGUGUUCGUGGUACUUUGAAUAAAAAUUUAUUAUUUUUUAAUAUAGCAGGUAACUACAGAUAUUGUCCAAAAAAAAAAGGUCAUCAUCGACGUAAUACUGUAGCUAUCAUGAUAAAUACUAAAAACUAUACAUACUGUAUUCGUUGUAAAGAUAUUGAAUGUAAUAAUGCUAUCUUAUCGUGGAAAAAAAUUAAUUGA